AUGAUGAAGAUGCUUGUGUGCCUUCUACUGCUGGCUCUCUGUGCAGGCUGCACUUACGGGAUCGCAACAGGAAAUCCAGUGAGCACACUGGUGGCAGAAACUCUAUCGCUAAUCACAGCUCACCGAACCUUGCUGAUAGGCAAUGGGACUCUGAGGAUUUCAAUACCUGAUCCAAAAAAUCAUCCGCUGUGUAUUGAAGAAAUCUUCCAGGGAAUUGAAACACUGAAGAACCAAACUGCUAAAGAGGAUGUGGUAGAAACAAUUUUUCAAAACUUGUCUUCUCUAAAAGAAUACGUGACUGCCAAAGAAAAACAAUGUGGGGGAGAAAGAAGAAGAGUAGAGCAAUUUUUGGACUACCUGGAAGAUUUUCUUCAGACAGUAAACACUGAGUGGGCAAUAGAAAGCUAAAAUGAAAAGAGAGGCUGUGCUGGACUGAUUUGGGAGAGGUAAAUGAACCCUGCCUGCUGGGAUGGAAGACACUUCCACAGUUCUUCUAAAACAAAUGAAAUCUUUUGGUUGUCACAGACAUUUUAUGCAAAACAGAAUAUUUUUAUUUUUAUGAUACUCUUUGUGAUUUCUUCUCCAUAUAUAUGUCCAACUGAAUUUUUAGAAAAUUCUGGGAAAUGGAUUAAUUCCUCUAAAAAAAAAUGCUCAGUCAAGUGGUACCCAAAUGAUACAUUCUGACCCAGUGUGACUUAUUGUCUGACAAUUUUAUCUGCUUGCUUUCUGCUCCCAAAUGCAACUAUGAUGUCUUUUUCUAUUUGGUGUUUUCCUCAUAGCUUACACAUUCAAUGACAGCAACCUUGGCUACAGAUUGUGUGGCAUAUGAGGUCUCAAGAAGUUACAUGGUCAAAGUUAAUUUAUUAUUCACUUUGAUAUGUUUAAAUGUAGGGCCACUUGGCCCCUUACUGUUUGAUUGUGGACUUGUUACUCUGUGAACUUCAGUGUUUUUAUGUGUAAAACAAUGGGAUUGUAAAGUAAACUAAAAUAACAGUAAAAAGAAAUGCUAUGGCGGCAGCUAGGUGGCGCAGUGGAUAGAGCACUGGCCCUGGAUUCAGGAGGACCUGGGUUCAAAUUCAGCCUCAGACCCUUGACACUUACUAGCUGGGCAAGUCACUUAACCCCAAUUGCCUCACCAAAAAAAACCAAACAAACAAACAAAAAAAGAAAGAAAUGCUAUGUAGGUAGUCACAAUGACUAAUCUUCCAGAUAAGAGAUGAGGAGAACUCUUCUCUUUCUUUAGAGAGGUAGGGAACUAUGGGUGUGCACUAUCAGAAGUGACCAAUGUAUUGGUUGUUUUUACUUAACUUUAUUAUAAGAGAAGAUUCACUGGCCAGGUGUGAGGGUAUGUGUGUGCAUAAAUAUACCCAAAAAUAAAUGUUACAGAAAAAAGCAUCAAUAAAUCUUUAAAAAUUAGAUGUUUGAGCUAAAUAGAAGCCAUUUACUGUGAGUUCCCUCUUCUCCCCUGUUCUACACUUCUAAAUCCCUUGAUAUCAUCCCCACUUUCUCCUUCUAUGCUGUGGUCUCUAAUGGAAAACUGAACCUGUUCCUCACCAAGGCCAACCCCAAUGCUUACUGUCUGGAACUAAAUACUCUGAGUAUCUUCUGUAUUUUGCUUUUUUCCCCUUAUUGGUUUUAGAAUUAUGAAGAAAAACUUAU